CUAAAAAUAUCUGGACGGACAUUAAGUGGUUCAACAAGUAACGCUCUGAUGGAUGACAGAGAAUUUCCACCAAAUGAUCUGCAAAUAGACUCAAAGGACAGUCUUUCUGCUAACUGUAGGGUAGAAAGUUUGGCAUCUCAUUUGAUCCCUUCAGCUGAUGAAAAUGAAAAUCAACUUGACAGUGAUGGGAAUGAAGUUCUGACCACUAGUAGCUUUACUAUGGGACGCCAGGAUAAAGGUGAACAGGAUAGCAUCAAUAAUAAUGAGAAUAUGGACAGUGGAGACUAUGUCCCAAGCUGUAAGGAAAGUGAGACUGAGAGGACAUCUGUAAAUGUCCAUAUGGACCCCCAGCUGGAGGAAAAGCCUAUUACAGAAAAACAGCCAGGUGGAAAAAGAAGUCCAAGAAGCAAAAGAAGCUCCAGUAAAAAAUCUAAAGGAGUUUCUACAGUGGGAAUCACAGCAAUCAAGGAGGAAAAUGCUCUUAUUACAGAUACAGAUUAUGUGCAGGCUGAAAGUGCUGUUGAAGCAAAGGAAAACUUUCACUCAAAAGAACAAAAACAAAUGUUACAGUCUCUUUUCUCUUUGCUCCGUGAAGAGGUUGAGCAGAUGGAUUCCAAGGUACUGCCCCUGUGUCUCCAUCAGAUAGCAGAGACCUAUUUUCAAGAGGAGGAAUAUGAGAAGGCAAUGAAGUUCAUUCAGCUUGAACGAUUGUAUCAUGAGCAGCUGCUUGCAAAUCUUUCUUCCAUACAGGAGCAGUGGGAAAAGAAAUGGAAAACAGCGGUUCCUAGUCCAGUUACAGAACUGAGGAAUUCAGCUAAAGAACUGAGCGGUGAAGAGCUGGAAAAGCUUACUAGAGUUUGCUCUUCACAUCAACAGCCACAGGCAUCCAAAAAUAAGCUAGUAGCUGCAGAAAAUGCAUGGGAAAGUGGUUGUUUGCCUCAGUUAUUGGAAACCAAAAGUUUAAAGGAAAGAGAAGCUGCUGCUUUUAAAUCAG